AUGCCACCACCACCCCUCCUAAUCGGCAUAUCAGGCCCCUCCUCCUCCGGAAAAACAACUCUCUCCCGCCUCCUCCGCGACAUAUUCCCCCCUUCGAAGCUCUUCAUCCUCCAUCUCGAUGACUUCUACCUCACCGACGCCGAAAUCCCACUCAGGAAUGGAGUCCAAGAUUGGGACUGUAUAGAAUCGCUCAAUCUACCUGCCUUGAAAACAGCACUACAACACAUCAAACAGCACGGCACCAGCCCAGAUUGGUUAGUCAGCCAGGAAGACCAGAAUAGCGUUGGCGAACACGGUGUACCAGAGGCUGAGAUCAAAAGAUUGAGGGAUGAUGUAUCGACGUGGCUGGAUAGUAGUAGUAGUAGUACAGAGUGGAAGGACCGACGCAUUUGCAUCGUUGAUGGCUUCCUCCUCUUCUCGGAAGAUAUGAAGGAGAUUCGUGACUUGUUUGACGUCAGACUUUUUCUACGCACAAGCUACGAGACUGCGAAGCGGAGGCGAGAGGCGAGGAGUGGGUAUGUGACGCUGGAGGGCUUCUGGAAGGAUCCGCCGGGGUAUGUAGAUGAUAUUGUGUGGCCGAAUUAUGUAAAAGAUCAUAAAUUUCUGUUCAAAGAUGGGGAUGUGGAUGGAGAGUUGGAUGAGAAGGUUUGUGAGAGUGUGGGGAUAUGUGGUAUGCCGAGGGAAGCGGAGGGGGAUAUGACGGAGUGCUUGCGCUGGGCUACUGGAGUAUUGGAGGACGUGAUCAAGGGAACAUGA